AUGGUCUCUCAGGACACUGAUCAGCCCAAUGCUGUGUCUGUCUCAGACUUAGACGAUUCUAGCAUCUAUACACCUACCACGACUACCGAAAACGUUACUUUGGACCUCGUGGAAGAUCACGCCUCGCCAAGUUGGGUACCUUCACAUGGAUCCACCGUCAUCAUUCGCUCUAUCUCAUGCGGCAAUGUACUUACAUUGCUUGAUGGGAACAUCGUACUAGCUCCGCCUAGCGGUCGUGGAUCUAUCCUGUGGACGUGUAUAGAAACUCAAGGCUGGUUUGGAUUCCGAAACUGCGUCUCAUCUAAGUUCAUAUGCCAUGGUGGUGAUGGAAGACUUAAGUGCACGGCAGAGGAGAAUAGUAGUUGGAGACAAAUUACUAUCACCCCAGUACCAAAAGGAGGCUACGUUAUGCAAAUGUUGGACUGGUGGACUCUUCGUCCUAUAGUGAUCAAUGCACAGAACGGGCUACAAAAGCUAGGAAGGACUGGAAACAAGCUAUCGGAAGGGAUUGUAUGGACCUUUUUAGAGAGUACGGCCGGUAAUGCUGACCUCCAAGACUCCUAA